CGCACUUACGACCACUCGCACUUGAACUCGCACUCUCCGAGAACAACCCAAACACCUCUUCCUUUGAAUCAUCAUGUCGCUUUCACGCCAGUUCUUCCGUGAGCUCCGACCCUUCUUCCGCAUGCUCGAGGAGCCUUUUGGUCGCUCCCCAGCCUACUGGAACGGGAACCGCCAUCCUACGCGCGGAUUCUUCGAAGACCCCUUCUUUGCGUCCCCCUCGUCCGCUCUCCGCCCCGCUAUCGACGUCCACGAGCAGGGGGACAACUACAUCGUCGAGGCUGAACUCCCGGGCGUAAAGAAGGAGAACGUCAGCGUACGCAUCGGGGACGGCGGCAGGAGCCUGACCAUCGAGGGCAAGGUCUUCCGCCGUUCGCCCGAGACCGCGCCCCAGCAGGACUCGCAGGCGCAGGGUACGACUGAGUCGGCGACAUCGUCAACAUCAACCUCACACUCCACUGCAGUGGCGACCAAGCCCGAGGAGACGGCGAUUUCAACAGAACGGCUGUUCACUGGAACGUCGAGCUUUACCAGGACGGUACUUCUCCCUCAGCCAGUGGACAGCAGCAAAGUCUCCGCGAAGCUGGCUGACGGCGUACUCACCGUGACCGUCCCGAAGGCGCCUGAGACCGGCAGUGUCCAUAUCAACGUCGAGUAAGAAACAGCGGCGGCACAGGUGCGCCUGACGCAGCCGAGAGGACCCUUUGCAUGAAAACAUAAUCCAAUGUACAUUAUACGCAUGCAUUUGUAUCUGUAUCGUACCUCAAGUAAAUGACUAAAUUGCAAAACUCUGAAGAGUUGAAUGUAGUGCGUACCUGUGAACAGCUCGGAGGGACAUGAUAGGACAACGUAGAGAGAGCAAGAAUAGCAAGUCGAGGAGCGAGCGUGAUAUGCCAGAGAAAACGACGUCGGGUGUAUGUACGAGGCUAUUGCAAGGCUACCGCUGGCUAGAAGGAGGCCGUUGCUGAGAGUAAAUCGUUCGUCCUGGGUUGUCUGUCAUAGGGUUGUGCCCAUUGGCGGACAAUCGGCUGCCUCCGUCCAGAUACCCGCUGGCAGGACCAAUGGUCUGUCCAGGAGAAGGUGCGAAGCUAUCUUGCGGACCCGAGCCCCCUGCGAACUCUACCCCGUGAGCACCGGCAGUACUUGCGCUCAUGCCAUUGGCGGCGCCGUUAGCACGAGACACACUGUCUGGCGUCGCCGUCUCUGCAGCCUCUCGUGCCCGUGUCGACCUGUUUCGGGUACGGGCGCUGCUCGCCCGCGUGCUCGUUCGGGUGACAGUUGGCCCUGUGCUCUCCGGAGUGCCUUCAUGCGACCCGUUGGUCGACGGGCCAUUGCUCCAUCGUCCCCUCCGAUCGCGCGCUCUCGAGGAACGCGCGAUCGCGGCGUUUGCGCUCACGCUGCCAGUCGGAGUAGCAGCUGCGCUGACACUUGCGCCGGCAGCGCCAUUUGCUUGUUUCCCAUUUGCGUGGGCUGGAAGAGACUGCCUUGCCUUGCCCUUGGUAUAAGGGUUGAUUGUGCUCGCGGAUUCUUUCGGAAGGUGGGCAGAGCCAACCGAAGGAGAGGGAGGCGCCGUUGCUGAGAUGGCAGGGUCGUCUUCGAGGAGCUCGCGCUCUUUCGCUGCGCGACGCUCCAUGGCUUCUGCGAUCGAUAUGGGCCGGGGUAUUGUGUCUGUAGCAGUUCAGCGCCCGCGCCUGCACAAGAUGAAGUAGACUCAACGACGCAUACCUUCAAGGAACUUGUACUUGGAGUAUUUUUGUGGUAGGACGGACAUAUCUUUGUACUGUACAUGUUGACGACUAUCAGACACUGUUUGCUCGUAGCCUGCUUCAGCUAGCCGUUUUACAAACUCCUCCGUAGCUAUCGAGAGCAUAUAUAUCGCUUCUUUUGACAUAUGUGGACCAGCACCUUCAGCUUGAAGCAUGUUGUCCAGCCGGUCUUGUGGGAUCAAAGUGGUUCCAGGAACGCGGACACCAAGUUUCCUCCGGCCCUUCGAGGUCGAGAUGCUCUCCUCCUCCACUUCUGGCUCCAUCUCGUCCUCUUCAUCGUCCAGCCCAGAGUCCAGCUGGUCGAUCUCCUCUUCGUCAAUGUCAGAAUUGAAGCCGGAAGUCGUGCCGGUGAGAGAGUGGCGGCCGUUGCCAGAGAUUGUCGUGAAGCUCAGAGCCAUGAUUUUCUUCCAGUGAAGCAAGUCAAAUCAGAGGACGUCGUGUGGAAGAGGGGGCGCGUAGAAAGGCGACGCCGGCGGAGCAGGG